AUGAAGCUGCUUGCAAUAUCUGUGCUGCUCAUCACCAUCUGUAGCCUUGAAGGAGCCUUGGUUCGGAGAGAAGCGGAAGAGUCAACUCUACAGAGUAUGUUCUCUCAGUACCUCCAGACCGUGAGUGAUUAUAGCAAGGACAUGAUGGAGAAGGCCAAAGCUCCAGAGCUUCAGGCCCAGGCCAAGGCUUACUUUGAGAAGACAAAGGAGCAGCUGGCACCCCUGGUCAAGAAGGCUGGAGAAGAUCUGCUUACCUUCUUCAGCAGCUUUGUAGAUCGCAAAACAGAGCCUGUCUCCAAGUGA